GGACAUGACCCGCCGUCACCGUCCACCGCUUCCGUCAUAAAGCAACUAAACUCUCCACGCAUCCACGGCCGUCCAUGCAUUACUGGGUCGUGAAUCUCAAGAAGCUUGACCAAUGACCAUGGUCUUCAUUGAGGCUUCAACGUACACAACAUAAAUCUUGAUAUGAAGGUUUACGUGGAACAAUGUGAGUCUGAAGGUUUAAUAUAUUGUUUUUCACUUGUGCUUAGCUUUUAUAUGAAUUUUUUAAAUUCACCGCCAAAAUCAUCAAAGCUCAAACCUAAACCAAAAUCCUAACUUCAUUCUAACUAAUUGCGAACCAAUCUAACUACCCUCUAACUGAAGUAACUAAUUCCGUCUCUUCAUGUGACUACCCUAUAAAAGCUGUACCGAAGGAUAUAGAUGUUAAUAACAAAGCUUCAAAUCCUCUCUCUCGACUUCAUCUUCUUCCCUCUCCCCUCUUCUCUGAAAUCCUCUCUCUCGACCUUCGUCUUCUUCCCUCUCCCCUCGCGAUUUCCUAUCAAGCUGUGUAAUAGAAACAGUGCAACCAACUCAUACUCCAAGCCACCGUCAAAAUGGAAGCCGAACCCAAAUUCUCGGAGUCCGAAGUUGUGCGCCAAAUUGACGUCUUCUUCUCACCUUCGGUCGGUGCUCAGACUUGGCUAUACGUUUUUCGGCAGCUUUCCACGUCGCCUCGUUGGCGACCGUACUCGUUGGCGACCGUACUCGUUGGAUGAACAAUGCCAAGAGGAGGUACGGUUCAACCCUAAACAUUCAGAAUUCAAACUUGAUUUAGCCAUUGACAAAGAGUUCAACCAGACUUUUUCAACUUUGUGGAAGCCAUAUAAAUCAGUACCAUAUGUUGAACCUGGAUAUGCUGUUGGGCUUCUUAUGGGUGAUAAGUUGCACCUGCAUCCAAUCCAUGAAGUUGUGCAUCAUCUUAACUCUGCUGAGAAGUCUGUUAGUACAUCUAAAGAGCAGUGGGUUCCCCUAAAGUACCUCAGCUGCAAGAGUGAUAUCUCUUGUAGUUAUUUACAGCAAAUGGUGGUGGCAGAAGAGAGUUCUUCCACAAACAACUUCACUAUGAGCGCGAAUGAUUAUGUUACUGCUCUGUGUACUGGAGGGAGCAGCAACAAUUCACCAAAAGUCGAAAGAAAAUCUAGCGUGGAAGUUGCAUUUAGUCUUGGAAGUUCAUCAUCACAUUCCCUCGGGACAUAUGGCACAAGCAAAUCUGUAGAUAGUGUCACAAGCAGUGGCUCACCAUCUAAGGAUCAAGAGGAUCAAAAUGAUGCUUCUAAUGCAUUUGCCAGGAAAAUCAAGGAACAAUGGGAUUAUGAAAACUCUUACAAUGCUACUCUUGGAGAUUCAGAAAUUCAUGAUGCGGAAGAGUAUGAUGAGAAUUCUGUGAAUUCUGCUGCAGAACUCCGGAUCUUGGAGAAGAGUGAGGACCAAAGGAUGUUUUUCUUUAAGAUUCCUGCUUAUCUGCCUGGUACAUCAACUGUGUCGGGAGAGCCCACACACUUGAAAGACUUGCCAAGGGGAUACAUGGGCAAAAUGCUGGUGUACAAGAGUGGAGCAAUCAAUCUAAAACUAGGAGAAUCUCUGUUCGACGUGUAUCCAGGUUCAAAUCGUGGACAUGUUGAAGAUGUUGUGGCGGUGAACACACAGAAACAGUGUUGCAAUCUUGGCAAGAUUAGCAAAAGGGUCAAUGUGACUCCCAAUAUUGAUUUUCUAGACAAAUAUAACUAAUGCACCACAUAGAGGGAGAUUAACAUACGUAGUGGGGGAUACAAAAACCCACAUUGUAGGCGACC